AUGGGUCGAUUCAUUAAGAAUCCCUACCUCGGUCGAGAAGCUGCUGCGUCUGAGCAAGUUACCGAUGAAUGGUUGAAGGAAGCAGUACGUAUUAUCGCAGAGAAGAUUAUUGAUAGGGAAAUAGACGAUGAAGAAAGAGCUGAUGGUAGUUCCUCUAAACAGGCACGCUUUCUGUGUGGAGAUUUGGGUGUAUACAUCACUCAAAUGAACAAACCUGAGCGCAGAGAGGAACUGAUCGCAAAGGUUGAGCAGAUUUCUAAUAUUGUUGCACGGGACGAUUAUCCUAGUGAUGAAAUCUUGGUUGGGCGUGCAGGAUUUCUCAGCGGUGUUUUGUGGGUUAGGUUAACCAUCGAUUCGUCUUUGGUGUCAACUACAUGUGUUCGGAAAGUGUUAUCGGCUAUGAUUGCGUCAGGCCAAAGGUUCUGCUGGAUUUUGCGAGGUUUAAAAAAUUCGAAUAGGUAUUCGAGGCAGCGGGAAUCACCGUGCCCGUUGAUGUAUGAAUACCAUGGUACAGAGUAUCUUGGAGCUGCUCAUGGACUUGCAGGAAUUCUUCAGAUGGCUCUUGGGUAUGCAGCAUUGCGUUGUGGUGAACUAAUAUGGGAGAAAGGAGUUUUGAAAAAAGGACCUGGAAUAUGCCAUGGUGUUGGAGGAAAUGGUUACGCUCUUCUAAUGCUGUAUCGUGCUUCUGGCAAUGAGGUGUGGCUCCAACGAGCUCGUUGCUUCGGGUUACUUCUUCUCGACAAAAAGAUAAGGGCAGCUCAAAGAACACCGGACUCACCAUUUAGUCUCUUCGAAGGGCUCUCUGGGGCUCUUUGUUUCAUGGUUGAUCUCGUGCCGGAAAACGUCGAUAGAGCGCAGUUUCCACUUUAUCCAGUUCCGUUUUGA